AUGUCUGCUCCUUCUGCACCAGCAGCCGCCGCCCCGGCCAUCUCCCUCAACGAAGCACAACAGCAGACUUACGACUUGAUCACCCGGAACUUGCAAGAGGUGCUCGGAGAGGAUAUCAUCAAGAGCAAACUUGCCAAGGACGAGGUCGUCUCUUGUUACUGGGGAACCGCUACGACCGGUCGACCUCAUAUUGGAUACUUCGUCCCUCUUACCAAGAUUGCCGACUUCUUGAAGGCUGGUGUUCAGGUCAAGAUUUUGCUUGCCGACAUUCACGCUUUCCUCGACGCCGGCAAAGCUACCUUCGAGACAGUCGCUUUCCGAGUAGCCUACUACUCAAAGCUACUACACGCCGUCUUCACCUCCCUCGGAGUACCUACGGACAAGUUGAGCUUUAUCACAGGGAGUGAUUACCAGCUUAGCAAGGAGUACAGUUUGGACAACUUUAGACUGGCUUCGAUCACCUCCCUUCACGAUGCUUCCAAGGCCGGUGCCGAGGUCGUCAAGCAGUCGGAUUCUCCGUUCUUGAGCAGUCUAUUGUACCCCGGUAUGCAGGCUCUCGAUGAGCAGUACCUCGGUGUUGACUUCCAAUUCGGUGGUGUGGAUCAGCGAAAAAUCUUCACCAUGGCUCAAGAUUGUCUGCCGCGACUCGGAUACGCCAAGCGUGCUCACCUGAUGAACCCGAUGGUACCGGGUUUGGCGGGAGGAAAGAUGUCGUCGUCGGAUCCCAACUCGAAGAUCGACUUCCUCGACAGCGCCGCCGACGUCAAAAAGAAGAUUAAGGCGGCCUUUUGCGAGGAGAAGAAUAUCACCGACAACGGGAUCUUGUCUUUCCACAAGGCCGUCUUGUUCCCCCUCCAGACGAUGCGGAUAGCCCAGCUCGUCGAGCGUGGCGAGGACCCCUCGAGCGCGGAGAACAGGAAUAAGCUGUUUAUUUCACCCAACGCACCCGAGGGUACCUUGGUGACCAUCGUACGGGACGACAGGUUUGGAGGACCGGUGCAUUACCAGACCUUCCAGCAGAUCGAGGACGACUUCGCUUCGGGCGCUUUACACCCGGGUGAUUUGAAAAAGAUUACUACCGAGAUGAUCAACGACCUGUUGGAACCCGUCCGAAAGACUUUCUCCGAAGACCAGGCUUUCCAGGAUGCCGAGCGAUCGGCUUACCCCCCUCCUCCCCCUCCCCAAAAGUUCGUCAAGAAGAGCAAGCAAGAGAAAAAGGCCGAAAAGGCAAAGGAGAAGCCGGCUUCCGGGCCUGAUGCCGAGAAGUUUAUCGAGCAACAAAAGGAUGCUAUCGCAACCACCGAGGCGGAUAAGCCUGAUGCUACGCACGCCAUCAUGUCUGACAAGGCAUGACGCUUGUGACUUCAUGACAACAUGUUGUCUCUAAUGCAUGAAUGAAUACACAUAUGACCUCG